GAUGCACAAGUUGUUGUACGACGAAGACGAUUUUGUGCAAGUGUAUACCGAUGGGGCAUGCUCCAACAAUGGGAGAUCGAAUGAAGCUGCAGGAAUAGGUGUAGUUUUCAACUUUGAUCAUCCAGCCAAUUACAGCGGACCAGUGAAAGGUCGGGCUAGUAACAAUGCUGCUGAGAUUCAGGCGGCCACAUGGGCGAUCAAUGCAGCAGCUUCCAUGGACAUACAUCAACUCCGUGUCAUGACCGACUCGAAAUUUGUAAUAUCGUCCGUCUGCGAAUGGAUGCCGAAGUGGAAGCGAAACGGUUGGUGUCGCAAUAAUGGUACGAGGCUUGCCAAUGAAAAAGACUUUCGUUUCCUUGAUCGGGCAUUACAACGAAAUUCUGAUAUGUUUAUUGAUUUUGAACAUGUGCCACCGCAUUCCGGUAAUCGUUACAACGGAUUAGCCGACAAAUUGGCCAAGGUAGGAGCGAACAUGUAUUUUAAGAUGCAUUUCUAUUAAAAAGAAA